ACAAUGCGAUAUAUUGUUGAUCAAUCAGUGGAGUUGUCGGCUGAAGAUGGGAGAAUGACAUCAAGUUCCAUCUUGCUGGAUGAUUUAGCUAUUCAUGUUCAUGUCGCAUGGUUCUCGCAUGAUGUGGUUGGACAGCGGAUUGACUCUAAGAUUGGAUUCCCAUCUAGCUUUGAACUCUCAUGGAAUCUUCGUGCUCAUCAGAGUAAGCCAUGGGCAUCUCCUGCCUUGGAGAUUUUCUCUGUCUUUUUUGGUGGAAGAAGUUUUGGUUCAAUUGAGGUUUUAUCAAAUGAUGAUGACAAGAUUUGUUAUAUCUUUAACAGAGAUAAAAAAGAUGCCUUGAUAUUAUCUGAAAAUGAGAAAUCAUUACCUGUAUCAGAUGGUUCCAGAGAUUUUGAUGAUUGUAGUUCAUUACAAAUGAAGUUUAGCAUAAAGGAUACUGAAGACCGUUUAGCUAUUCGAGGCUUAGUGGAUUGGGCAGCUUCUGUACUUCACUUCUUUGUGGUAUGAAAAGCAAUUGUGUUCUCUUAUUCCGGGUCAACAGGGAGGAUUUGCAGCAAUACACUAUUCAAUCUUCUCAGAAGCUGUUGGUGCAAACAUUAAGGUGUUUCUAAAUCCUAAAACAGGAUGUGGUGAUGUUUGUCCUAAGAUUUGGGGUAGCCUUAUUGCUCAAUAUAGUUGCUAUGACUAUACAUCGCGCUUUAACAAAGACUACUACCGGAUUGUGUUAUUCGAGAAGAAUCAGGAUGAUCUAAUUCAAGUAAGUGAUGAUUCGAGAAUACCACUUUCAAGAUCCAUGAUUGUUGUUCCAUCAUAUGCCUCUCUUAUUGUCAACGUAGAUAUAUUAUUUGGCAAAUCUGAUGAAAACUUUUCAUGUGCUACAAAAAUUGAAAUUGGUGAAGGUUUCAAGAUUGUAGAGACAAAUAGUUAUCUUCUUCGUAUUGAGGUCGAUUGGUGUGAGAUUAAAUGAUAUUUAUUGUAUUAUUUAGGAAUUCUUUUGGUCAUUAAUCUUAGAGUAGAGAUUUGGCUAGUGAUGUUAUGUUAAAGUAUUACUUGGGAACUUUUUGGUCUUUGCCUUACUCUUCAUAGAGUAAAGGUUUCCCAAGUGAUAUUAUAGUAUUGUUCAGUAUUAUCUAGGAACUCUUGUGGCGUUUGCCUUA